GUUUAUGUUUGGUUUAUAGGUAUAGGUCCACAUUAUUUCAGAUGGUCGUCAAUGGCGGACACUCAAAGCGAAGAGAGCAGUAAUGGCAGCUCAGCAUACCAAGCCUAACUUAAGCCAGCCUCAGGGCGCUGAGUUGGUGAAGAGGCUCUACAGGCUGACACCAUCAGAAAUCCGCUCUCUGCCCAGCUACGAUGACCAGAACUUUUAUGUGGCGGCUGUGGAGGGUGGCGAGUACGUCCUGAAGAUCACAAACUCAGACGACAGUAAAAACUGCAACAUGAUCGAGGUGCAGACAUACGCCAUGUCCUUCCUGAAGGAGAAUGGAUUUCCUGCCCAAACAGCGCUGCCCACCGUCUCGGGACAGCUCAUGAGCCUGGAAGAAAUGGAUUGUGGCUAUGGGUGUCAGAAGUACCUGGUGCGGCUAUUGACUUAUCUGCCUGGAGCUACAAUAUCUAAGGCUCCAGUGACACCACAGUUACUGUAUGAAACCGGCAAGACAGCAGCCAGAAUGGACAAAAUCCUAAAAGAGCUGGAGCACCCUCAUUUGGGUUUACUGCAGAGAGAGACUUUCAUUUGGAGUCUGUCAUUGGUUCCCCUCCUGGAAAAAUACACCCACGUGUUGGAUGGAGAUCCUCUACAGGAAGUUGUGAAGUCUGUUAUUCAUCAGUUUAAAACCUCUGUGGUCCCCAAACGCUCUACUUUUCGCAAGUGCAUUAACCACGGUGACUUCAAUGACCUCAAUAUUCUUGUCCAACCUGAUGAGACUGACGGCUACAGGAUUUCUGGCAUCCUUGACUUUGGAGACAUGAACAGGGGCUACUACAUCCAUGAGCUGGCCAUUGUUAUAAUGUACAUGAUGAUAGAGCACCCUAAUCCCAUCGAGGUGGGUGGACAUGUCCUGGCGGGUUGGGAAAGUGUCCUUCCCCUGAACGAGGCAGAGAAAGACUGUCUCUUUGUGCUGGUGCUGUGCCGCUUCUGCCAGUCGUUGGUUUUAGCUCGUUACUCAGUGACCUUGUACCCAGAAAAUGCAGAGUAUCUGAUGAUUACCUCCAUUAAGGGCGUCAAGAUUCUCCAUCAAAUGUGGGAGCUCGGAAAGGAGCAGGUGGAGAAGGUGUGGUUUCAGAGUGCUGCUCAGAUCGGUGACAGAAAGUGAGAGGUAUUUAGGGAAAGCCAUUGCAUUUAAAGAGACACACACACCAAAACAGAGCGUUCUGAGAGAGCUGGUUUAUACAAGGUCACAAACUUCCUCUGGUGCUUGAUUCAUGUUAUAUUUUGACCAAAGCACAGCACAUAUGUUUGAUUUAGACAACAGGAGACUGUUUUAAAAGGUAGAAAAGGGGGGAUAAUAUGUCCUCUUUAAAACAGUAUAUUGUGGGGUUUUCAGAAAUAUUGAAGUACUAAUACGGUAUCUGCAUCAGCGAUUGUAGCAUAGAAAAUAACUUUAGGAAAGUCAGUUGAAAGUUUUUUUUAACGCCUUCUGUCUGUCUUUCUCAAUUGGUCAUGGUCCAUUGUUUCUGGCAGCCUUUACUGACUAGGUAUUACCUUUUAGAGAUGGAAUAAUCGUGUUUAAGAAGUGCCAAAAGUCACCAGGGAUUAUACAAGUCAUUAUAACUAAGUUUUCCUCUGAAUGGUUACAGGUCACUUGGUUGGACUUUGAAGUCAUUUUACUAUAGGUUAGAUAAGGCAGGGAGUGGUGUGCUUAAAGCAGAUGGACCUAAUGGUAUGUGUAUAACU